GAGGACAACAGCGCCUAAAAAAACACUAGCGGCGAACACCGGCUAAAGACGUAAUGGCGGAAAGCAAGCCUUACAGGAAAAAUAGCUCCGACGACGGAGGGCCACAGCAGGAGGAGGAAGGCAGAGUGAAAACUAAGCCUGUCUCUUGUAGCACUGGGGGAGGAGAUGGGACUGCUGUCAAACGCACAUCUCAGCAUCUUACCCCUGAAGAUGAGGACCAGGUCGCAGCAGACCAACCAGCACCUUGCAAAACCCCCAAAAUUGGCUUCAGCAUGGGCAAUAAGAUGGCGAAUAAAUCAAACCCCAUUUCUAUCAAACUAGGAGUAACGAAACCCAAGGAGAUAGUGCCAUCAGCUCCUCCAAAAAAGCUGGUUUCUGUUUUUAAUGAAGAUGACGACAGUGAACCAGAAGAAAUGCCUCCAGAAGCAAAGAUGAGGAUGAAGAACAUUGGGAGGGAGACGCCGACAUCUGCCGGACCCAACUCCUUCAACAAGGGCAAGCAGGGCUUCUCCGACAAUCAGAAACUUUGGGAGAGGAAGCUGAAGUCCCAAUCUGACAAGUAGUAAAACACUACCACAACAUGUUGUCACUAAUGGAGACUUUUUUACUGCUUAACAUUGUCAGAUACCAACCAAGGCUGUCAUUUUGGUCGCUGUACGCCUCUGACAUUUACAACUCUAUGGACAUGCAGUGAAGACUACUUUCAGCCUUCUAACUUGUCUUUACGCUUCUAACCACAAGUUGGUCGAUCCCGACUCCGAGGAGAAAUUGUCGAGCACCUUUGUUUCCAGAUAUGUGGCCUGGUGAUGAGGAAGGGAGAACCGAUCCUGAAAAUCGUUUUAAACCUUAUCUACGUUUUGCUUUUUGUUGGCCGAUUGAGAUAGUUAGUGCGCUCAUACGUUAUUGUGUCGUUCUUGUUCCCUCCAUGAGCCUUUUUUGGUUUAACCCUGGCAAGCGUGUUGCUUGUCUGACGUUGCUGUAAAAAUGUACAUAGUGACAAUGUUUUCUAUUUUAAUCCACAAAUUGGACUGUGAGUUUAAGUAUUAAAUGUUGGUAGGCUUUUUCCAGAUGCAUUUUUUUUUUUUUUUUGAGGGGAGAUUUAGUUUAUCACCAUUAUUGCGAAACCAUUUGCUUUCACCAGACAAGCUCACGUGCGAGAAAACAUUUUCUGUUCGUUUCUUGCCUUUUUUUCCAUCCGCCUCGCUAAACCUGGUCAUGCUUGCAAUGUCCUCCGCUGUCAAGUAUUUAAAACCUGAAUCACCACUAUAUAUAUAUAUAUAUAUAUAUAUAUAUAUAUAUAUAUAUAUAUAUAUAUAUAUAUAGUGUGUAUUCCACUUUAGGUUAAAUUUGGUACUUUCACAAACUGACUUUUGAAACUUAUUGUCAGUCCUUAUUCUUCAGCCAAACGCCAAUAACUCACUGACAAAUCUCGUGCCUCAAAUUCUCUUCCCAUUAUCCAGAAUGUACAUUUUAAAUUUUUCUGUGGAUUCCCGAAUCAUUGUCAAGACACCCCCCAAAUAAAAAUAUAUCAACAUGUA